AUCCCGGCUGCCGGAGGAGGGCGGGGAGCGGGGAGGGCGCGCAGGGUGCGCGCAGCCAGGGCGACGCGCGCAGGGUGCGCGCAGCCACGGGGCGGCCCCGCAGCGCCUCCCGGCUCUGCUAAGCCGAGCCCCGGCAACAAAGCCCCCCCCUUUAACUCCCCCCCCCACACCAUCCCCGAUCCCUUCCUGCCCUCCCCGGGAUGUAGCCCGGCAGGGAGCUUUCCCCCCCCCGACCCCCGGCCCCGGCGCUCCAUGCCCCCGCAGUGAGCCGGGGGGAGCCGCCGGCCACCAUGGGGAAAUCCAACAGCAAGUUGAAGCCCGAAGUUGUGGAGGAGCUGACCAGGAAAACCUACUUUACGGAGAAGGAGGUGCAGCAGUGGUACAAGGGCUUCAUCAAGGACUGCCCCAGCGGGCAGCUCGACGCCGCCGGCUUUCAGAAGAUCUACAAGCAGUUCUUCCCCUUCGGCGAUCCCACCAAAUUCGCCACCUUUGUUUUCAAUGUCUUCGACGAGAACAAAGAUGGGAGGAUCGAGUUCUCGGAGUUCAUCCAGGCGCUGUCAGUCACCUCCAGGGGGACGCUGGACGAGAAGUUGAGGUGGGCGUUUAAGCUGUACGACUUGGACAACGACGGGUACAUCACGAGGAACGAGAUGCUGGACAUUGUGGAUGCCAUUUACCAGAUGGUGGGCAACACGGUGGAGCUUCCCGAGGAGGAAAACACACCGGAGAAAAGGGUGGAUCGGAUUUUUGCCAUGAUGGACAAGAACGCGGACGGGAAGCUGACGCUGCAGGAGUUUCAGGAGGGCUCCAAGGCCGACCCCUCCAUCGUGCAAGCCCUCUCCCUCUACGACGGGCUCGUAUAGUCCUGGGGCCGAGCAGCGAUGCCUGGGGGAAGAUGCUCUCCGUGCCAUCCGACCACCGCAGCGCGAAGCUUGCCUGUCCCUCUCCGGCCUUCCUUUAUGUUCCGCGAGCAAAGGAUGCACCUGAAGCGCGAGCUCACUCCCCCUCUCUGCACUCCGAACCAGCCGUUGCCAUUCGCCAACUUCUGCUUUUUCCAAAAAAACCCGCAAAAGACCACGGUCUGAGCGGCGGCGAGCGCCCAGGACUUCAGGGCCGGGGGAAUGGGUCGAGCGGCACCGAAGGCAGAGCCCCCCCGGCCUCCUCGCCCCCUUUGCUCCUCUUCCCUACGUUUCGGAAUCGGACUGCGGAUGCGCCGGCGUGGUCCUCUCCUGGGAUCCGGCCGGCUGGAGAUGGAGCCCAAAGGUAGCGGGGCGCCGGCACCCCGGGGUGCUGCUCGGGGAGCCGAGGCACGAACGGUGACGGGGAACAACCCUCGCGCCCUCUGCGGUGCCGCUGGCAGCCCAGCCCGGGUCACUAGGGAUAUAUAUUAUUAUAGGAUUAUUUUAUUUUAUUUUUUUUGUGAGACGGUAUCGUGCUUUUUCUUUCCUUUUUUUUUUGGUGGAAAGAAGUGAGGCUUUUUUUUUAUAUGCCUAUCUCGACGAUCGAUAUCUUUAUUUAUUCGUUGUAAAUGUUGCUGCCGUGUUUAGUCUCUCGUGUGUGUGUCCGAACACCUAGGUGAUGAUCUGUAAGGUUUACAUGCUCAUACACUAUUGCGGGGCAUUGGGAGCCUGCAAUAACGAUGAAGCCAAAAAUCUGCCUUCCCCCUUCUCCUCUGCCCCCCGUAUGCCGUGUGCUGGCUGAUGUUUGAAGGGGGGCUGGCCGUAGCUUCUUUUUUCUUUCCAUUUGCCCCAUUUCCUGCAUUUUCCUGGUCUCCCUUCUCUUUGCCAGCUCAGCUAGGGGUCGGUUUGGGCAGACCCCUCCUGCUCCAUCCCUCUGCUCUCCGUUUUUACCAGCUGGGCCUCCCCGUGGGGCAGAGCGAGGAAGCAGCCGGUGUCCAGCACAUGCUACUUCGCAUCGUUUCAUUUCCUUACUGCAUGAGAAGUAUUAACGGAGCCAAGAGUUGGGUUUCUCUUCCAAGCCGAUUCCUUUAUUACCAUUUUUCUUUGGGAAUGGUGGCAAGGCGCGCUUGCACCCCGCACGGAGCUGGCUGCGGAUCAGCUGCGGGAGCAGCGGGGAGACGCGCAGCUCGGCGUGUCCUCGGCGGGUCGGACCCACCCCGUAGCAUCUCGGAUAGGACACGGGAGGUUCUGCUGGAAACCAGGAGCACAGCCCCGAAGCGGAGCCAGCUUGCGCCCCGCUUGUGCUCCUCUCCCUCGGGGGAAGGCAGAGGGCUGGAGAAAGGCACCCGCAGCACCCCGAGGUGUCACCGCACCCCACGGGACCGUGUCCGAGCUGCCACCAUCCCCUCCAUCGCCCGCUGCUGCUCCGGAGUGCCGGGCUCGGCCCUGGGGGCACAACGUGGGACACGUGCUGGCACCUCCGUGGGAGGACGGGCGCUCAGUGGGUGCUGCCCAGAGCCUUUUCCAUCCACCAUCAUCCUGCUCCAUGAAGCCAGCCAGGCUGCAGCCCCCUCCUGCUCCAUUGCGUUUUGCUCCCAACCUGCCGCUGCUCUCCCACCACCUCGCUUGGCCCUAGGGCCACAGAUGGAGCCACCAACUUUCUGACACCUGCCUGCAGCUCCCGUGGCUGAACCCAGCCGGUGCCACAGCCCUUGGCCACCAGGGAUGUCCCCCAGGACGGUGUGGGGUGGUGGCUGGACGUGGGGGACGUUCUCACGGGUGUCCCCACGAGGCAGGAGGUGACAGCAGUGUCCCCAUGGGGUCUGAGCCCUCCCGGCACAGAGAGGCAGAGACGUCGCUUUGCUGCACAGCCUGAAGCUGGGGCCCGGCGGGGUUGGGAUGAGGGUGCUUUUCCCACCCCACUGACAUUUGGGAUCCCGCGUUUUGUCAACGCCUUCUCCUUCUGAGGCGCUUUUGGAUACCCUUACAAAAAAGCUUUUCCCUGUGCCCAAGGAGAACAGACUUCCCCUCCGUGUGCAGUACCGCUGGCAGCGGCUGGAUUUGGGGGAAGAGCUGGUUGGGGUCGGCCCCGUCCCACAGGAGAUCCAAAGGCUGUGGGGUGAAGGCCCCUCGUCCCCAUUCUCCUCCCGCUGUGCUCUGCGCCUCUGACCUCGCUGGGAGGAUUUUCCACCUCUCAGCAAAACCCAGGAUUCGCUUUGCAGCUGGGGGGUGCCGUGCGUGAUGGCAGAGAGGAAGAGGCAGGUGGAGAGCCAAAAACUGGAGGUUUGUGCACUGAAAGGGCUGCGGGAGCUGGAGCACACGGGGCAGCCCGUCCCCACCAUGGAAACCCACUGGAUCACCGAGCGCAAUUGUAAGACCUGAGCCUGGGAGCCCACGGGAACGUCUCUGCCCCGAGGGUGCCUGUGUCCCGCCGUUGGGGGCUCCUGGAAGGCGUCGCUCCCUCCUCACCCUGGGAACUCCUUUUUCUUGACGCUUUGUGGCCAAAACGCAGCUCCCUCGUGCAGAUCUCCGCAGUGCCUCCAACUUCUCCAACUCCGACCUGCUGGGCUGGGCCCCCCGGUGCCAAUUGCUGCUCCCAGUCAAUGUGACACUACGGGAAUCGUCUGCUGGGAAAUGAUGGACCCACAGCAUCUGGAAUAAUUCCCAGGCAAAUGCAAAUGUUUGCUCUGCCACUUCCCCCUGGAAGGCUUUUCUUUUUCUUUUUUUUUCCUUUUUUUUUUUUUUUUUAUGCCUUUUGCGCUGGCUUUGCACCUGCCAGCCCGCUGCCAUGCUUCAGCUCCACCAGCGCUCAUCCAGGUCUGACCGCAGACACAGCGAGCUCUGCCCCUCACCAGUUUCUGGGGAGAACCUGCAAAGAAAGCGGGGUGUGCAGCCAGCUAGAAGGAGUUUUCCACCCCAAAAAUACCAAAAUUUAGCAUCCACCCAGCCAGUGCGGCUGCCUGCAGCCCCUGCUGCUGCUGCUGGCUGGGAUGGAGUGGUCCCUCGGCCCCUCUGCCCUCUCUCACCCUUUUCUGAAUAUUUGCACAUUUGAAAAAAAAAAAGAGAAAAAAAAUAGGGGUUUUGCCUGCAUUAAAGAGCUCUUUGCUGGUUGAUGAGGACCCUGCUGGGGGAUGAGGGGAAGUUUUCCCAGGCAGAGGACCGUCCUGUUGUCCCGGUGUGGGGUCUGUCCUGCCCCCUCUUGGCAUGCUGAAAGCCCCAGAGCAGAUCAUUUUGGCCACAGCACCCAGACCUGGCUGCAGAUUUGGGACCCCGGCUUGGAAACUCCUCCAGUCUCUCCCUGGGGCCCCCACCUCCUCCUUGAACAUCACCGGGAUCCGCAGCUCCUCGGUACUGCUGAAAAUAAGGCUUGAAGCUCCUCCUGCUUGGAAAAGUUGGCCUUAACCUCCUUGUGCCUCAGUUUCCCCAUCAAUGAAACAUUGGGUGAGCCCCGGAGAGCGGCUGGGUGCUGGGCUAGGGGAGCGCCAGCGCUGGGCAUGGCCACGGGGGCUUGGCAGCACCCACCAAAAACCCACCCACGUGCAGCUCCAGGAGCAUGGCAGGAGCUGCUGGGUUGGAGCCGACACCACGGAAUAAUUAAUUUCAGUCCUCAUUUUCAACCUGGUCAUCAUUAAAACCAAGCAGCCGGCAGGAGCCCGUCCGUUUCGGGCCGUUCCCUGCGCUCGGUUUCGCAGCUGAAGUGACGCCGCAACGCCGGGGAGGGGGACCCGAGGCAGAGGCGUGGGUCCCCCCCCCCGGUGGCUGCAGCGUGUGUCCCCCCCCUCAUUUGUCCCGUCAGUGUUGCCUGAUUAAAUGCAGUGUCUGUGCUCCCCUUCUUUUCAGUCCUCUGUUCGCGCGCUGACUGUCGCUGCUUUGUGUCCGCCUUUCUCUGCGCUCUGGGACUGGGCUGAGAAGUUUCCUCCUGGAAAAGCAGGAGGAAAGCUUUUUCCUCCUGGAAAAGCAGGGGCUUGGAGCAGAACCCCCCAGCCUCUGUACCGGCACAAACCAGGGUAUGAGAGAGAGAAUUGAGGCGGGGGUUUUCCUCCGGAGCUGCCCUUUAAUCGCUGCAAUCGGGUGGCCCUGGGAGUGCUCCCAGCAAGCUGGACGGGGACCCCAGCCCUCUUGGUACCAGGAGUGCAUCCCCCCCACCCUGAGCCAGGGGGUAAAAAGGGUCCUGGGGGGUCUGAGCCCUGCUUGGAGCAGGGCCAUGGGGGCCUGAGGGUGGCUGCAAGGGCUGCUGGAGCUGCUCUCAGGUGGGUUUGGAGGGGACAGGCAGUGACCCGCAGCCGGCACAGUGGCAUGAAGCAGCUCGCCCACUCGGCCCCCAUGUAAAGUGAGGGGGCCUGGGGCAUUUUGGAGGCCAGCCACACCCCUCCUUCUGCCAGGGCUUUGGGGAGGCCAGGGGCAGGAGGUUGGUGGUGAGUUUUGGGGUGAAGGAGGGAGCUGCCAGUCCCCGGUGCACCGCAGCAGCUCGGGGCUGGCCGCGCAGAGCAGGUCCCCACCGGGGUCUCGGUGGCCCGCACAAGACCCGGUGCUGCAGGAAAACCCCACUCCCUUCUCUCUCUUUGCUCGUGCGGCCGCGAGCCCUGCCCCGAGCAGCAGCCGAGCCCUGGGCUGAGAAGCAGCAGCUCCAGCAAAGAGCCUCGUUUGUAAAGGUGAAGCCUGUCUGCGCGUCCGUGCCGGCGUCCCGGCUUGCAUGCCCUGCUGCCUUGUCUUGAGAUGAAUUCAAGAGCAAACCGAGCAAACCAACCGGUUCCAAACAAACAGACAAACAGAUGAAAAGAAAACAGAACCCAGGAACUUUGUGACAAUGGAAAUAAAAGCUUAAUGACGGUA